GAUCUGUCCAGCUGUCAGUCAGAAUUCUAUGGCGGACAGCGAUCUGGGCACAACAACAUUGAAAAACCUGGACAUAUAAGAAACAAAACACACGGAACAAUGUCCACAGUCUCGGACUGCUUCACGAUCGGCAGCAUCGUCGCCACGCGGACGUGCUACAACGAGGACAUCGAGGGCGAGGUGCUGGCCUUCGAUCCACAGACCAAGAUGUUGAUCCUAAAAUGCCCAUCAUCCAGCGGUAAUCCCAAACGCCACGACGUCCACAUCGUGAACCUGUCCCUGGUCAGCGACGUUCAGAUCAAGAAGGAGGUUACAACUGUCCCGGAGCCGCCACAGUCGUUGAAUCUUCACAGGCUCAACACCAGAGUUAGGAAUUCAAUUGAAAACAAAAAACGACUAGUUUCAGCUUUAUCAGCGUGUCUAGACCCCGAGGGUCAAAGACUGUUUCUGGCCAUCGCCAGGGUCAUUGAUGAUGUUUCAUGGUCGGGGCAGAGUAUCCGAGUCUACAAUGAAGUCACAAUCACACCGCCAUAUAAGGUGGAAAACGUGCUGGGCGAGCAGGACUCCAAGCCGUAUAACUACAUCCGAAAGUUCGUCGAGCGUCACUGGCGCGACCACCGCGACCACACCGCCGCCAACUGUUCACGACACCAAUAAAAUAUUAUAACACCAACAACGUAUUAUUUUAACACAACGCAGUUUCGCCCGUUACUAAUAAAUAAUAAUGCAAACGUCACAUCAGACCUUCAAAACAUUUACGUAUAUCGAAAUUCAUUCGUAAAAUCUACCGAUUAUCGACAUUAAAUAACGCAGAUCCGAUUUGUAAGUCAUAAAGUAUUAAUGAAAAAAUGGUUUAUUUUAUUAUAUAUGUUUGUUAUUUAUUAGCAAUUGGUGUAAACAGUCUUCAUUCUGGGUACAAGUUUGCAUCAUUACCUUGAAAGUCAAGUUCGAAUGUUAGUAAUUCGUAAAUUGUUUAGGAUUUUAUUCACGGAUCAAGAAAUUUUAAAGCCAUUCAUUUAGGAUAAUGAUGCAAACUUGCAUUGAGAUCCUUCAACAUUAAUUUUCUUUUAGAAAACUGUCAGCUGUCAAUUUUCAUCUUCCCGCCAAAUUUUAAGUAGUUAUUUUUUUUUAACAAAAUUUCCGAUGUAUGUUAUUAUUUUGCAUAAAUUUGUAAUUGAAUCGUUUUUAUUUAGAAGAUGUUUAAUAUCGUAAUAUCAUGAAAAUUAACUAUUAAAAUGCUUACGAUUCCAAACCAAAUCAAAAAAUAAAAAAAAUUUGAAGCAACAAAAGACAAUUAUAAUAAUUAUGUAUAAACCCUGUCACAAAUUGUCUCAUUUUAGUUGUUUUUAAAUUCUAAGCGCUAAAGUGGAAUAAUGUUGCCACAAUGAAGUUCUAAAUUACCUUUUCAAAUUAAAUUUUCUUGGUAAUUUGCCUGGCAACAUUAUUCUAAUUUAUUUUGGAGUUAGUAUCUAUUAUUUAUAUCGUUGGAGUAAGAUUAAAAUAUAUAAAAUCUCCCA